AUGAAGGAAGAAGGUAGACACACGAGGAAGAACGGACACAGGGAAGAGAAGGACGUGCAUUCCAGCCCCGAGGAAGACGAUAAAAGACUAUUUCCAAUGAAGAGCCCCACAACCCCCGCCGACUCCUACAACCGCCACAACCACCACCGCCGAGACCGCCACAACCCCUCGGAACCCCACCAACAACCCCAACAGGAACACCACGCCCACCCCCACCAUGAGCACCGCCCGAGUCGAUCCCAGAGUCCCCCUCAGGACUACCAACAGCUGAUCCUUCACCAGCUGCGGUUCCUUCGGCUGCUCCUCCUGCUGGUGGUGCUCCAUCAGGCGGGCGCCCUCGGCUGUCGCAUCUCGGAGUUCACCUGCAGUAACUACGAGUGCGUGCCCACCGAUGCCUACUGCGACGGGGUCCCUGACUGCGCCGACAGGAGUGACGAACCGAGGGACUGCUCGCGUGAGUAUGGUGUUCAUGUUUGGUGUUAG